CCACUUUGGUUUGUGAAGUUUGUGUUCAAAAAGCAUCAUGCCUGAACCAGCAAAGUCCGCGCCUAAGAAGGGCUCCAAGAAGGCCGUCACGAAGACCGCCGGUAAGGGAGGAAAGAAGCGCAAGAGGUCCAGGAAGGAGAGUUAUGCUAUCUACGUCUACAAAGUCCUGAAGCAGGUUCAUCCUGACACCGGCAUCUCUUCCAAGGCGAUGGGCAUCAUGAACUCUUUCGUCAACGACAUCUUCGAGCGCAUCGCCGGUGAGUCGUCUCGUCUCGCUCACUACAACAAGCGCUCCACCAUCACUUCUAGAGAGAUCCAGACCGCCGUGCGUCUGCUGCUGCCCGGAGAGCUGGCCAAACACGCCGUGUCCGAGGGCACCAAGGCCGUCACCAAGUACACCAGCUCCAAGUAGAGAUUCAACCGAGACUCUCAGCGACCCAAAGGCUCUUUUAAGAGCCACUCAUCUUCUCGUUAAAGAGCUUCUGUUGUAAACUAAGUAUGUUAAGUAUAAGAAGGUCGAUAUGGAAAUCGUUGGAUUUUCUCUUUGAUGGUAAUUUGAUCCGUGUCUCAUCCAAAGCUGGUUUUCGUUAUUCAGCGAUCUCCAAAAAUUGCAUGUUUAGUUAUUACAGUGUUAUUGAGAUAACUUAAGAUAUUUAAGUGUAACUAAUCACAUUUUCUCAAGUUAUUUUUUGGGUAAAAGAUCAUCAAAGUUAAUUAUUUUUUAUUUUUUUUCCCCCUCCACAGUGCUGGACAAGUUAUUUUAAAUGCACAUGUUAAAUCUUGAUUUUAGUUAUCAAAUAUUAACUUCCAAAUCAUGUACUUUUUUUUUUUUUUGCUGUUAAAGCACUUCAAAUCUUGAGUUCAUUGGUAACUGUUAUUCUGAGAAAUCUACAUAUUAAUGGAAAUCAAGUUUAUGUGUUUACAGAGCAUGUGAUAAGGGCCAUUACUGUAGACAGGAGCUUUUGGGCCUAGAUAAGUCAACUACUUAUUCAUUUUAAUAGGCUGUGCUAAAAAC